UUUAUUUCUUUUUUAAAUCAUUGUACUAAGUAAUUGGUUAGUUUGUUUUUCCAUAGGCUAUGAAUAUGUUAUCNGAUUUUUUUUUUAUUCAGAGUUGUGUCAAUUGAUAACAUUCAUGUAUUCAAUAAGCCAUAUUGCUUUUCUAGCCUAUGGGGAAAAAAAAAACUAAGUAAUUACUUAUCACAAUGGUUUAAGGGACUCUGGAAAGUAGACGGCAGGGAUUGAUGCUGCAAGUUUGUGUUCAUAGCAUGAUAAAAAAAAGUGUUUUUAGUUCUGAGUUACCAAUGGAAAAUGGUAGUUUGAAAAAUUACCGAACAAAGACAAUAUCGAUUAUCAAGUGAAUUUCUGAUUUGCAGGGCAUGACUGGAAAUCGUGUGUGAGCAGCAAGUAAGAUAGUGAAUGAAAGAAUCAUGCCAUGAGUUUGCAAGUGGAUGUUGAUGGAUGCAAAACAGGCCAUAUAAUUUCUGAGUUUCUUAAGUUUCAUCUUCAACAUUUUUUUGGAAUUGGUUAUUUAGUUUUCUCUAGCUUUUGAUUUUGUUGUCUGACCGUAAAAUUUCUAAACACCCACCGGAUAUUAUAUUUUCAAAUUGUAUAUACUUAAAUGAUUAAGAAGAGAAACAUAACAAAUAUUAUUGCUUUGCAUAGGAACUGAUAGUUUGAUUGGUUUAAUUUGUCAUCUCAUUUGUGCUAGUUUCUUUUUUUAUCAGGGACUUUAAGUAAGAAGAUCCAUUUGUAUACAUUUGAAUAUCUACAUUUGUUAUAUUUGAACAGUUUGAGGUUUAGACUAAAAAAUACUCUACUUAUUGCUCUUUCUAAUCCUUGGCUUCACCGAUAUGCUUUUUUGUGCUCAAUUUUUAAUCUAUUUGUUUGAGUCCCUCCGAAUCUAUGCAGGGUUAUAUUGAUAUUGGUUUGUGAGAUUUAAUGAAUUGUGAGAAAAAUGAUUUAUCAAGAUUAGUGUGAUUGUUGACUGCAAGCUGGCGUCACGACGCAAGAAAUGCAGGUUGGAACGUAGGCACAAAACAAAAUUUAUCGGCGGCGGCUCGUGACCAAUCGAAGACCGAAGAAAGAAAGAAACUUAUAACUGAAAGCAGCUAAUCUUGUCAGCUCAUGGAUCCCAUCCCAAAACGUCGCAAACUUCAAGAAAUCGAUAUAAUCAGUAAUUUACCGGACGACAUCCGAUGUCACAUCCUCUCAUUUCUUCCCACAAAAUUCGCUGUCGGCACUACCAUCCUUUCCACAAAGUGGAGAAACCUUUUACCUUUCGUACCCAACCUAAAGCUCCAAUUACACGACUCGUUAUUCCUCGACCCAAAAUCAAACUCCUCUACCCAACUACAGAGCUUCGUAAAAUUUGGCGAUAAUCUACUCAAAGUCACCCUCCGUAACGUCAUCUCCGCACAAUCGCUAGUCAUAUUAUGCAAAAAACUCAACGAUGCACGUCCUGUCGCCACCUGGAUUUCCUCCGCGUUGCUUCUCGGCAUUCAGAGAUUGGCUGUCCAAAUCAGCAGCCGGCUCAGGCACCCGUCCGCUUUGCUCCGCAGCCUUAACGGGUCCAAUCUUGGUGCACUUUACCUGCGGGUCGAUCUCGGGCCUAAGCCCAACCCAAUUCCAAAUGGGCUCGUUUUCAGUUUCCCGAAACUAAAAGUCCUCGUUUUCCACUCCAUGAAUUUCAACCUUGUUAAUUCGGUUUUAUUGGGCUGCCCUGUGCUUGAGGUCUUAGUCGUGAACAACUGCACUCCUUCUUUCUUUCCGGGGGAAGUGCUUUCGAUACGUGUCCCUUCGCUUAAGGUUCUGUGGUUGUAUAAUAUGAUGAACGUUUUCUUUUGCGUGCUCGAGCUUAAUUCCCCUGGCCUUGUACACUUCUUUCAUUUUGGAUACAUGCCGAUUUUUUAUCGGGCUACGAAUAUGAGGUCCCUUUCCGUGGCCCGUCUGAGUCUUAACGAAAUCGGAGGUCAACGUCAGGUUAUAGACGAUGAGCAAGCGAUCGUGGCUAUUAACGCGUGCUCGGGUGUUGCGAGGAUACUGCUCACUGAAAAUUUCAUCUCGAUGUUGUACCGUUGGCCCCAACGAAUUCCGAGUUUUCCGAAGAUGGUUGACUUGGGAAUAGUUGGUAUGAAUCAUUCUAAUGGGUGGGAAGUUCUUCUGGGAUUUGUGGCUCGGGCGCCGAAUCUCAAGAAUAUCUAUGUGAAGGCGAACUUUCACGCUGAAGGGUACGAACGUUUCAAGGCUGCCGUGAAGGAAACAAUGAGCGUUGUUGUUCUUAUGCACAAUCCUGAUAUGUUUCAGUUGAAGAUCGAAAGGAACUGGCGAACUGAAGUUGUGGGGGGUUUUCGUACUCUGAAGGUAGAGGUUUUUGGACACUGUGAAACGUGCAUUUUCGGCGUUGUCACACUCAACGCACAUUCUGUCACCACCUGGAUUUCCACCGGCGUUGCUUCUCGGCAUCCAGAGAAUGGCUGUCCACAUCAGCAGCAUCAAGAGGUCUCCAAUUUUUUUUCACUAUACGUGCAGGUCGAUCUCGGACCCAAGCCCAACCCGAAUCCAAAUGGGCUCGUUUUCAGUCUCCCCAAGCUCAAGAUCCUCGUUUUUCACUCCACGAGGUUCAACCUUGUAAAUGUCGUUUUACUCGGCUGCUUGUGCUUGAGGUCUUUAGUCGUGAACAACUGCACUCCUUGCUUUUUGGGGGAAAUGCUUUCGAUACGCGUUCCUUCGCUUAAGGUUCUGUGGUUGCGUAUUAUGAUGAAGGUUAUGGCCGGCGAGCAAGCGACCGUGGCUAUUAAUGCGUGCUCGGAUGUUGCGAGGAUACUGCUCACCGAAAAUUUCAUCUCGAUAAUGAAUGCUUUUUUCAACUUUCACGCUGAAGGUGGUGAACUGAAGUUGUGGGGGUUUUCGUACUCUGAAGAUUGGUUGUCCACAUCAGCAGCCAGCUCAGGCACCCACCCGUCCGCUUUGCUCCACAGCAUCAACGGGUUCAAUCUUGUUUCACCCAAGCCCAACCCAAAUCCAAACGGGCUCGUUUUCAGUUUCCCCAAACUAAAAAUCCUCGUUUUACACUCCACGAGUUUCAACCUCGUUAACUCGGUUUUACUGGGCUGCCCUGUGCUUGAGGUCUUAGUCGUGAACAACUGCACUCCUUCUUGCUUUCCGGGGGGAAAUGCUUAA